GCUCCUUGUCAACCUAACAAAAAGUAAACCCCUAAAUUUAAUUUUUAAAAUUCUGUCAAAGCUAAGUAUGGAGUAAGAUACUUCCUCCGUUUUUUUUAAUAUCGCACCACUUACCUUUUAAGGAAGUUUCACAUUUAUUGCACCAUAUUCAUUUUAGGAAAAGAAAUUUAUGUGUUCACACUAUAAAUACCUAAUAUACCUUUGCUUUUCAACCCUUACUUUUAUUUUGUGCAUACAAUCACAUGGGCAACUUGGUAUUUCUACCUUUUUCUCUCAUCCUUUUUUUCACUACCAAAAAAUUUGUGUCAAACCCUUAUGGUGCAAUAAUAAAAGAACGGAGGAAAUAUAAAAAAUAAAAUAUCCCAACAAAAGAAACGUACUACCAGUAUUAAUUUAUUAUUAAUUUAAAAAACGUAAUGAAACGAAACGCCAAGUUCUUUUUCCGUAAUAUAUAAACGUCCAUUUUUUUUUAGCAAUAAAAACGUCCAAUUGAUGUACUUUAAUUUUGCUAGUCUGGCCAACUGAAAUCGUCAAACAUACAUAUACAUACCAUACUUUGAAUCGAUGAUGAUCCAAAUUUCAUUCUUUAAAAUUGCCGUUUUUUUCUUAGUUUCAACAAAAACAACGAAACCCGUUUCUCUUUCUAGCCGCCCUUUAAGAAACGGACCCCUGCUUCAACUGCGUCUUCUGCAACAUUCAUCGUGAUUACUGAUUCGUGAUUUUGUGUAAGGUAACUUUUUUUUUUUUUUUUUAAAAAUCUUAAUGUCAUCUUUCUCCACAAAUGUUAUCAUGUUUAAACUUGCAGCUUUGAUUUUGGUUUAAUCAUACUGUAUUUGCAAUUUCUAUUUAUUAUAUUUUCAACAAUGGAAUUUAAUCAAGGAAAUGGUGGUAACUCUGUUAAUAAUUCAUUUUUCCAUGACAUUGUAAGUGGUCACUAAGAAUUCAUAUAUGAUGUUUUUAGAGAAUUAGACUAUAUUCUGUUCAUGAUAUUGUAUUAUCUCUAUCCCUAUUUAGUUGUCUCAUUUUUCAUUUUCGUCCGUCCCAAUUUUUUUUAUUUUUUUUUUGGUGUCCUGUCCUAAAUUAUGGGUGAGAUUUUUUUCCUCUAUUAUUUUACAAUUAAAGUGCAGUUAGAGACAUGCCGCACAUUUGAGAGCAAAUUUAGAGGGACGGAGGGAAUAUUAAUUUUUUAUUGCAUUACGAAGUACUUUUUAAUACUUCUUAAAAAGCGUGUAAAAUGCAAUUAGGGCAAUGAAAUUGGGACAGGGGAAGUGAUUGUUUAGUAUUAGUUAAUUAGCACCUAUGUUACGUUCUAAAAAGGGUUGUGUUCUUAUUUGUGUAAAUUUGGCAGUUAUCAGUAACAGAAAAAUGCCUGCAGAAUCUGAAAAAUGGGGGUGGAAACAUGUAAGUGUGUUUGGAGGGUUUGAUAGAGGGAGUGGUACUAAAAGGUGGAAAUGCAACCACUGUAAUCAACGUUACAACGGGUCUUAUUCGCGUGUUAGAGCCCAUCUUCUUGGAUACAAUGGGUUGGGUGUCAAGCCUUGUCCUGCAAUUGAUAAUUCUGUAAGAGAAACAUUUAGUGUAUUUGAGAAGGAUCGUGUAGCUAAGAAGCUUAUGAAGAAGAAGGGAGUUUCUUCUAGUCGAAACACUAUGACAAAGUACAGUGUUGGAGUUAGCCAACAGACUGAACCUGUGGAUGAUAUUGUGGCAAGGUUCUUUUAUGUGGAUGGAGUGAAUGUCAACGUCGUGAAUUCAGCCUACUUUAGGGAAAUGGUAAAAACUGUGGGUGCUUUCGGUCCUAGCUAUGAGCUCCCUUCGAUGGAACAUUUAUCAGGCUCUUUGCUGAGUAAAGAGAAAGUCAGAUUAGAGAAAGCCUUGGCAUUAGCUAGAGAAUCCUGGCCUAACACAGGGUGCACAAUACUAUGUGUGAAUCGUCUGGAUGGUUCACUCGGAUGCUUCUGUGUUAACUUUUUUGUAGCGAGUCCUAGAGGUGUUAUGUUCUUGAAAGAGGUGGACAUCAUUGAGGGAGAUGUACCAGAUAAUCUUUUCAUCAAUGAGCUUACCAAUGUGAUUGCUGAGGUAGGUUCUUCGAAUGUGUUUCAGGUCAUAACUCGUUUAGAUGUGCAAGUUAGUGAUGUUUUUGAGUCAGUGAUAUUAUCCAAGUUCCCUAAUAUCUUCUGGUCUCACUGCACUUCACAUUCUGUUCUUCUGUUGAUGGAGGAGAUGGCUAAUCUUGAUUGCAUGAAGGAUGUAGUUUCAACUGCUAGUGAGAUUGAGAGGUGUGUUUCUGCUUUUCGGAGUUCAUCUUCUUGCACAAAUAUAGAUGCUCUUAAGGGAUCCAGAGACCAAGUCUCACAAAAGUUUGCACCCUCUUUUUCCCUGGUUAGGAAGAUUCUUGAAAUAAAAUCAACUUUGUAUGACUUAGUUGUUAGAGAAGAGUGGAAGCAAUGGAGACUUCAGAAUUCUCAGGAGGUCAGAUUCAAUGUUGAAGCAAUCAUAGCAAGGGAUGAUUUUUGGGGUCGGGCAAACUUAAUGGUAGAGGUGUUUGAACCCUUCAUGAGACUUCUUGCAACAAUUGACGUCGAUAAAUCUAUGGGGGAUGUUUAUAAUUGGCAGAUUAUGUCACUAGAAUCCUUGAGGAGUAAAGGAAUAAAAGAUGAGCUGUUGUUGAAUCAGGUGGAAUUGCUUAUAGAAAACAGGUGGGAUAAGUUAUUUUCUCCACUUCAUGGAGCAGCUUAUAUGUUGCAUCCUAAACAUUUUGGGAAAGGCCAGAACAAGAACAAGUGUCUAAUGAGGGCUUGGAAUGCCACACUCGAGAGAUAUGAGUCUGGGUUCGAGUCUAGGAGAGUGCUAAGAGAAGAGCUAGGUGUGUACUGGAGAGCAGAAGUAUCUUUUGGAGAAGAGGAUGCUGCAGACUGUAGAAAUAACAUGGAGCCAGUUACAUGGUGGGAGAACUUUGGAUUCGAGACACCACAUCUUCAGACAUUAGCCAUUAAGAUUUUGAGUCAGAUUCCUAGUGCAGCAAUUAUGUGUGAGGAAAGCUGGCAAUUGUGCGAUAGCAUGCCAUGUAGGGAUGCUGUUGAAAAGCUGGGAUUUGGAUCAGAUCAAGCGAAGGAUUAUGUGUUUGUACGGAAUAAUCUGAAACUUCAGGCCCUCAGGCAUCGGAAGGUGGGUGGUCAAUCUGGCUUGGGGUGUGGAAAUUGGGGCAUAUGUUGUUGAGCUUUGUAUCUUAUAUUAGUUGUUAUAUUCCUAUUACAUCAUCAGUAGCACUGUAGCACAUCAACUUCCAAAGCAAAUCACGCUAAUGAUGUAACUAUGCAGAUGGUUUGUUGGUGUACCAGUUUAUGCCCAACGGCACUGCUGUUUGUUUCAUUCUCAUCAGCAGGAACUUUUCUUGCUGAUUGUUGUGAAUCAUAUGAUGUACAGAAUGGUCUGAAUGUACUGUGAAGCCUUUUUGUAGUGUUUUAAUGCUGCAGCAGUGCAACAAAAAUUUUCCUGAAUGCAAUUGUGCAAAGCUCUCAUGACAUAUAGUCUGACUUGUGAAAUCUUAUUGUAUACUAGUAAUGAUUCUUGUUGUAAAUUCUAUAAUCAUACACCUCAGUCCAUUUCACAGCAUUUCUCAUAUGAU